AUGGACGCCAUAGGGAGCCCCUUUCGGAGAGUUAUGGACAGCAGGGCGAGCAGCUACGGCUACAGCCGAUCGGCCGGCUCCCCCUCCGCCUCCACCAUUGGAUUCCGCUCCCAGACCUGGUCCCGGGCCAGCCCGGGUUCCAACACCAGCGCGACGUACAAGAGGAACGCGAACAAGCCCCGCGCAGACACCUUCGAGCUGAGCCAAAGUUCCCUCCUGAGCGCGGACUCCUCCAGGCGCUCCAACGAGAAGGAGCAACUCCAGGGGCUGAACGACCGCUUCGCCGUGUACAUCGACAAGGUGCACUAUCUGGAGCAACAAAACAAGCAGAUCGAGGACGAGAUCCAGGCCCUGAGGCACCAGCAAGUGUCCCGCUCGCAGCUGGGUGACCUGUUCGAUCAGGAACUGCAGGAGCUGCGCGCUACGCUCGAACAGAUCCACCGCGACAAGUCUCAGAUCCAGCUCGACAGCGACCACCUGGAGGAUGACAUCCAGAGGCUCAGGGAGCGCCUGGACGAGGAAGCGCGCGUCCGAGAGGACACAGAGGCCAUUAUACGCAUCCUCAAGAAGGACACCGGCGACUCGGAGCUACUCAAGUCAGAACUGGAGAAGAAAGUACAGUCAUUGCAGGACGAGAUCGCCUUCAUCCGCAACAACCACGAAGAAGAAGUCAGCGAGCUCCUGGGUCACAUUCAGGCGUCUCAGGUGACAGUAGAGAGGAGAGACCCGCAGCGGGCUGACAUCACCGAGGCUCUGCGCGAGAUCCGCAGCGAGCUGGAGGGUCACUCCGACCAGAACCUGCAGCAAGUGGAGAGCUGGUUCAUGUGCCACUACGCCAAGCUAAACGAAGCAUCCGAGCAGAACAAGGACGCCAUCAAGAACGCGCGUGACGAGAUCAGCGACUACCGCCGCCAGCUGCAGUCCAAGACGGUGGAACUGGAGUCGGUGCGCGGCACCAGAGACUCCCUGGAGAGGCAGCUCGGAGACAUCGAGGACCGCCACAACAGCGACCUGGCCGGUCUGCAGGAAACGAUCCAUCAGCUGGACAAUGAGCUCAAGAACACAAAAUGGGAGAUGGCACGUCAUUUGCGCGAGUACCAGGACUUGCUCAAUGUCAAGAUGGCCCUGGACAUCGAGAUUGCCGCAUACAGGAAACUUCUGGAAGGUGAGGAGACCCACUUCAGCACAUUCUCCCAUCGUCCCGCUGUUUCAUCCUCCAGAAUCUCAAUGAUCAAAUCAGAACCUCCAAGACUGAAGGUGCAACAUAAGUUUGUCGAGGAGAUCAUCGAGGAAACCAGGGUUGAGGAUGACAAGGCCAACAUGGAAGACGCACUAGAUCAGAUUGCCCAGGAGCUCUCGGCCACACUCGAAGGCAGCGCAGGGGAGGAAGAAGAUGAAGGUGACGAGGACGAUGAAGUGGAGGAAGAGGAAGUUGUAGCUGCAACCGAUACCAAAGUUAGUUCGAAGGCACCGGCAAAGGAGGACGAUGACGGUGAUGAGGAGGGUGGUGAUGAGGAAGAAGGGGGUGAGGAUGAUGAGGAAAAUGAGGACGAUCAGGAUGAGGGUAACAAAGGAGAAGAGGAGGCAGGUGAUGACGAGGAGGUAGUAGAGGAAACUGUCCUUUGCUCCAAAUCUCAGGAUUCCAAAGCCAUUCCUGAGAAUAUGAAGACUACAGAGGAAGAAGAUGAAGAGGAUGGUGACGAGGCCAGCGGGGGAGAAGACGCUGAUGUCGAAGAGGAUGAAGACAAAGCAUCCAAAGAUGGAGACGACGAGGAGGAUAAUGAAGAUGACAAAGGGGCAAAAGAUGACAAGGUCAUAAUUGAAGACAUUGUGGCAAAGACAAUAGUAGCCAAAUUAGAAGUUCAGAAAACAGAUACUGCAAAACCUGAAGCCAAAAAGGACGAAAGUGUCAAAACAGAACUAACCAAGCCCGAUUCUCUCAAGCCUGAAUCCCCAAAAGGUGGUUCCCCAAAAUCUGAUUCCCCCAAAACUACUUCUCCAAAGUCUGAAUCCCCAAAAGCCGGUUCCCCAAAGACUGGUUCACCCAAGACAGAGUCCCCAAAAGGUGGUUCCCCAAAGUCCGAAUCUCCAAAGGCUGGCUCGCCCAAGACAGAGUCUCCAAAAGCAAGUUCACCAAAGGCUAGCUCUCCCAAGACAGAGUUGCCAAAAGCAGAUUCCCCAAAGUCUAUAUCACCAAAGCAAAGUUCCCCAAAGUCUGAAUCCCCAAAAGCUAGUUCCCCCAAGACGGAAUCUCCAAAACCUCUCUCCCCCAAGUCUGACUCCCCAAAGUCAGGAUCACCUAAAGCAGAGUCCCCUAAUCAGAAUCUCCCAACAGAGUCUCCUAAAUCGGAAGCUCCCAAACCUGCAUCACCUAAAGAAGACUCACCGAAGGCUACCUCCCCUAAAGGAGAGUCCCCUAAAUCAGAAUCUCCAAAGCCUACAUCACCUAAAGAAGACUCACCCAAGGCUGGCUCCCCCAAGGCAGAGUCCCCUAAAUCAGAAUCCCCCAAGCCCGGAUCCCCCAAAGACGAAUCACCGAAGGCUAUCUCCCCAAAAGCAGAGUCCCCGAAGUCAGAAUCAGCAAAGCAAGAACCACCAAAGGCAGAAUCUCCUAAGACGGAAACAAGCAAACCUGACACAUCGAAGCCUGCUGAAGACACCAAGAAGACAAAAGAUGCCGCAAUGAAUGGCGAUGUGGACAAGACCGGCUCAAAGGAAGAGGAGCAGAAAAAGGGCGAGGGCAACGAAGUGAUUAUCAACGGCGUGGACGAAAGUCCCGUCAAGGACGACGCUAGCCAGAAGGUGGUGAUCACCAAAACGGUGGAGACCAUCACUACAGGGGAAGACGGCUCACAGCAGGUCACCAAGUCCAUCACAGUUACCGAAACGGUGAAGGAAAUGGAGGAAACACUGCAGGAGAAGUUGGUCUCCACCAUGAAGACGGAGAAGCACUCCAGCCAGUCAAUCAAGCAGGUGACUGAGGGUGACUGA